AGUUAUAUCUCCCACGUGCGCUAGGGGACAGGGGAGAACAUGAGCUUGGAGCCUUGUAAAAGCAGUGAGGCCUUAAAAAGGAAGAAUUUUAUUUAAUAUAAAGACGUAUUUUUUUCCUCCACCUUUGCUCGAUAGCCAAUACUAAAAAUUUAAAAACGUCUUAGUGUCCCUCCUUUACGAAGGGUCGAGUAGGGGGGCGACAGGAUCUUUAGCUUGCUGCUCCGGUAGAGAGAAAGUUCUGGUUACUGCUUUCGUGUGUGUGUUUGAUUGUCUGGCGUUGCGUCAACAUUAAGUUACUGUAAAUUUGUACUGGUCGAGGCAUUGUCACGUUAUGGCGGACUACCUCAUCAGCGGGCAAACGGGUUACGUCCCUGACGAUGGGUUGAGCGGACAGCAGCUCUUCAACGGAGGAGACGGACUCACCUACAAUGACUUCCUGAUCCUGCCAGGGUACAUAGACUUCACGGCUGACCAAGUGGACCUGACAUCGGCACUUACCAAAAAAAUCACCAUGAAGACGCCGUUCGUGUCCUCGCCCAUGGACACGGUCACGGAGGCUAACAUGGCCAUCGCCAUGGCGCUAACAGGAGGCAUUGGCUUCAUCCAUCACAACUGUACUCCAGAGUUCCAGGCUAACGAAGUCCAUAAAGUCAAGCGAUACGAGCAGGGCUUCAUCACAGACCCCGUGGUGAUGAGCCCCAACGAGCGAGUCCGGGAUGUCUUCCAGGCCAAAGCGCGCUACGGCUUUUGUGGAAUACCCAUCACAGAGAACGGCAAGAUGGGCGGCAAGCUCGUGGGCAUCAUCUCUUCAAGAGACAUUGAUUUUCUAAAGGAGGAUGAGCACAGUCUGCUGCUGAAUGAGGUGAUGACAAAGAAGGAGGAUUUAGUCGUUGCUCCUGCAGGAGUGACUCUCAAACAAGCAAAUGAAAUCCUCCAGAGAAGCAAGAAAGGGAAGCUGCCCAUCGUAAAUGAGGAGGGCUCUCUGGUGUCCAUCAUUGCCCGCACAGACCUGAAGAAGAACAGAGACUUUCCUCUGGCGUCCAAAGACUCUCGAAAACAGCUGCUGUGUGGCGCCGCCAUCGGCACUCACAACGAUGACAAGUACAGGCUGGACCUGCUGGUGCAGAGUGGUGUGGAUGUGGUUGUACUGGACUCGUCUCAAGGCAACUCCAUCUUCCAGAUCAACAUGAUCAAAUACAUCAAAGAAAAGUACCCCGACCUACAGGUCAUCGGAGGCAACGUGGUGACAGCAGCUCAAGCCAAGAACUUGAUUGACGCAGGAGUGGAUGCACUGAGGGUGGGGAUGGGCAGCGGCUCCAUCUGCAUCACACAGGAAGCUCCCCUUAGUGUACCACCAGCUUUAAAGCUCCACAGCCCCAAAACCCCAACCACUGUUACGGGAUACUCCAUGCUGGCGUGCGGCAGACCCCAGGCCACGGCCGUCUACAAAGUGUCAGAGUACGCCAGGCGCUUCGGUGUUCCCGUCAUCGCCGAUGGAGGCAUCCAGAACGUCGGACACGUCGCCAAAGCCCUGGCUCUGGGGGCAUCAACAGUGAUGAUGGGAUCGUUGCUGGCUGCCACCACCGAAGCUCCUGGAGAGUAUUUUUUUUCUGACGGCAUCAGGCUGAAGAAAUACCGCGGGAUGGGCUCUCUGGACGCCAUGGACAAAAACCUGGGCUCUCAGAACCGAUACUUCAGCGAGAGUGAUAAAAUAAAAGUGGCUCAGGGCGUCUCUGGAGCCGUUCAGGAUAAAGGCUCCAUCCACAAGUUUGUCCCCUACUUGCUGGCCGGCAUUCAGCACUCCUGUCAGGACAUCGGGGCCAAGAGCCUCACACAGCUACGAGCCAUGAUGUAUUCUGGAGAUCUGAAAUUUGAGAGGAGGACAACGUCGGCUCAGAUGGAGGGCGGGAUCCACAGCCUACACAGUUAUGAGAAACGACUGUUUUGAGAAAACGGGCCUUCAGUUGGAGGCUCCUUCAAACAGAUGGCGGUUACAAGACCUGCUUUAAGUGUCAUCAUGCACAGAAAACGUCUGACACUGAUUAGACAUCCGUUCACUCACUCUUCAAAGGAUUGCCAGUCUUCCAGCCAGUGUCAUCUAUGCAUUCUGUGUUUUCUCCAAAUGAAACAAAUAAAAUCUUUGUUUUCCCACAAA